AUGCCCGACAUGAGAAAUGAUGACGCUGGCACGCGCCGAAGAGGGUAUGCGGCUCGGCGGUAUUUUCAACAGAAACAUGAGACCCCGCAAGGUUCUGCACGAUUUACCGGCUCUUUAACGAAUUUAUUGGCACGUUGCGAGAAAGCAACUCUGAUCUCCUACGAUCCAGAGUUUGAAUCGAUAUUUGCUCCCAACGCCUCACUUGACUUGAUCUAUACCAGCAAAAACGGCACUCCCAUUGCAGAUGAAAUGGGUAUCUGGCUUUGGGACCAUAAUCAAGUCUGGAUGGCUUCAGCUACGGAAAAUGGGACCAAUUUUGUCAGCAUCCUUGACCUGACCCGCAACUCAAUAACACGACUUAAGUCUUCCAAUCGUAUUGAAGUUCUCAACCCCAAUGGAGGAGGCUACCACAACGGAAAAGUCUAUAUCGCAGGGGAUGGUAAUGAGACAACUGCUCCUUGCAUUUAUGCUGUGGAUCCGGUCUCAUAUCAGACGCAGAUCGUCAUCAACAGCUAUUUCGGGUUGAGAUUCGGAGGACCCAAUGAUCUUACAUGGGCCUCGCGUGGAGGGAAAAGUUGGCUUUUCUUUACCGACGACCCUCUUAGCGAAAUCUAUAAUAACGGACGAAGCUCACAGGUUCCUGACGCCACCUGGCGCUGGGAUCCAAUUGGAAAUACUUUGCUUCCAGUGAUCGAUCGCACCGAUGUCCUCGUACCAAACGGCAUUCGCGUGAACAAGAACAGUACCAAACUCUAUGUGACCGACACACCAAAUCCUCUAGUCUACGGUGGAGGAGUGGUGCAAACAUCUUCUGGCCAGGAAUUAUUUGAUGGAAGCUCCAGCUCGGCAAUAUAUUCAUUUGACUUGGAUGUUGACGGCUUUCCAUCAAACCGACGUCUUUUUGGUAUUGCUGAACGAGGGAUUGCCGACGGUCUACAUCUGGACGAUGCAGGGCGUGUGUGGACGGGUGAGCAAGACGGAAUCGUGGUACGAAGUCCAACUGGGAAAAUACUUGGAGUCGUCAAUGCGCUUGCUAUCCAAGGCGUGCAAACAACGGAUUCAGACCGGAGUCCGCUGCAGAAUUUUGCGCUAGCAGGGGAUAUGCUCGUUAUCUUGGCUUUUGAUAAAAUUUACACUAUCAAGUUAAGUUCACAGAUAGUUUCGGGGAUGACAUAA